AAUGAGUAAGAGGGAGAUGGAUUAAAAGGAAAACUCAUUAAUUUAUAUAAUUAAAUGGGAAAUUGUAUUGCAGUAAGAGAGACAUCAAAUAAAAAUCCUUAGUCAACUCCAACGUAUAUAGACAUAAACAAUUUUAUAGAGCAUCAUAAAGAGUUGGCUAGAUAAGCUAUAGAGUAAAGAAAAUUGAAAUUAGAAAAAUAAAUAUAAAGGGCUUAAAAUGGAGGUUAUGGAAGUUCAGAGGAAGAAGAUAAAGUUAUUAUUGAAAAUAAUAAUGAAGGAGAUAGUGGAAUGUAAUAAUUAUCAGAUGCUUAACGAUCUAUGAUGAAGGAUUCGAUUCAUUCAUAAAAUAUAAAUAAAAUGUCAAGAUAACCGUCCAUUAAUUCUGACACUAGUGUUAUUCAGCUUCAAGAAAAAAUCAAAAUACAUAAUGAAAAACCUGAAAAUCAAUCUGAUUCAGAUGUUUAUAAUUAUAAUUCAGAGGAUGAAUUGGAACACUUUUUUGGAGGAACCAAAUCAUCCAAAAAAUAAAUUAAGGCUAAAAACAUUUUAAGUUCCUUAAUUAACCAAGGCGAUAAACCCCCUGCUGAGUAAAUAAAAACAUUCAAAAACACUCUUUUUAAAAAGGAUGAUUCAGAAGAAUAACCUCUUGGCAAUGUUUUUUCUGAUAAUGAUGCUAGUUUCGAUGAUAAAUCUCCUGAAUUUAAAAAGAAAUGA